UCGGCUCUUGUUGUUGUUCAAUGUUCAUGUUCAAUUGUGUUAAUAAAAAUAGCACAAAAAUGCUAACUUGAAAUUCUCAUAUAACAUUCCUAAAUGUAACCGUGUUGUGAAUAAUAAUAAUUUAGUGUUAUUUAACUUUUGUCUUAUAUUUCUUAACAUAACCUAUUAGUAUUAGCAUUUAGCUCAUAAAAAAUGUUUUCGAUUGCCCGGCAAACCCAUCCCGCUACGGGAGUGGAGUAUGCUGUGAGCUGCUGCUUUUUCGAAAACGAGGAAACAUGUUUGGUUACCGCAGGCGCUAAUAUUUUGAAGGUAUAUAGACUCGUUCCUGAAGGAAACACUAAAGAACUCAAUGCAGCCGGCCAGCCCAUACCACCAAAGAUGAAGUUAGAAUGCCUAGCAUCAUACACACUAUGGGGCAACAUCAUGUCCAUUGCAUCAGUUAAGUGCCCCAGUGCUGGCCGAGAUUUGUUGCUGUUGUCUUUCCGAGAGGCAAAACUGUCCGUGGUACAGUACGAUCCACAGACAAACAACUUGAUUACACUGAGUAUGCAUUAUUUUGAAGAAGAUGAUAUGAAGAAUGGCUGGACAACCCAUCCACAUAUACCCUGGAUUCGAGUGGAUCCAGAAUUUCGUUGUGCCGUCAUGCUGUUGUAUGGGAAGAAGUUAGCAGUCUUACCGUUUAGAAAGGAUAUCACAUCAGAUGAAGGAGACCCUCUUGAGGCUAAACCGCUGGACGAUGAUAAAAAGAAUUUAACGCAACCCGUAAUGCGAGCGCCGACACUAGCGUCAUAUGUAAUAGUAUUAAAAGACCUGGAUGAAAAGAUCGAUAACAUCCUAGAUAUACAGUUCCUGUAUGGGUAUUAUGAACCUACGUUAUUGCUAUUAUACGAACCAGUCAGGACAUUCCCAGGUCGUGUUGCGGUACGCAGCGACACGUGCGCAAUGGCGGGCGUGUCCCUCAACAUGAGCGCACGCGUGCAUCCGGUUAUCUGGUCGACCGCCGGCCUGCCCUUCGAUUGCUUGCAGGCUGUGCCAGUUCAGAAGCCUCUCGGUGGAUGUCUGAUAUUGGCUGCGAAUUCUCUCAUUUACCUAAACCAGUCGGUACCACCGUAUGGAGUGUCUUUGAACAGUAUAGCAACGCACACUACGAAUUUUCCCUUACGUAUACAAGAAGGUGUGUGCAUAACGCUGGACGGGGCCAAAGUGGCGACGCUCGGUGAGAGUAGAGUGGCCCUGGCCCUACGCGGGGGCCAGCUGUACGUGCUCACCAUGCUGUCGGACAGCGUGCGCAGCGUCAACAGCUUCCAUCUGGACAGGGCCGCUGCCUCCGUGCUGACCAGCUGUAUGUGCGUCAUAGAAGAAGACUUUCUCUUUCUGGGUUCGCGGUUGGGUAACUCUCUUCUCCUCAGAGUGACCGAGAGAGAGAAUAGAAUGAUAUUCUCAAUCGAUAGACCGCUGGCCGCUACUAUAGAUCUUACAGAUGCUGAAGCAACAAGAGAAAUGGAGCAAUCGAAUAAGGAAGCACAAAAGGAAACGGACCCGGCGGCGAAGAAGCGACGCAUGGACACGAUAAGCGACUGUGUCGCGAGUAACGUCAUAGAGAUUAGCGAUAAGGACGAGUUGGAGGUCUACGGGUCUGAUAUUAGGACGUCCACGCAGCUCACUAGUUAUGUGUUUGAGAUCCUACAAACCGGGCAAGAAAUCAACGAGGUGGACAGCUCGGGCUUCAUGACGAACGCGCCCACGGUGUUCGCGGGGAACCUCGGCAACAACAAGUUUAUGGUGCAGGUCACCACUGUGGCCAUACGACUCGUUAGAAAUGGCGCGCUCAUCCAGUCGAUAACGCUGGAUUGGACGGCGCGCACCGCUAUCACGGCGGACCCGUACUUGUGUGUGCUGUCUACUUGCGGGAGAGCUUUGGUGCUGGCGUUAAGAGAAACGCGGGCGAAGGACGCAUCGUCGGCGCGGCUGGCGCCCACGCGGCAGGCGGUGCCGCACCGGCCGGGCGUGGUGCGCGCGGCGCCCUACCGGGACCUCAGCGGCCUGUUCGCGCAGCCCGCGCCCCCCGUGCAGGUGAAAGGCGAAUUUUCCGGCAAAGUGAACAAGAAUGUGAAAGCGGAGGGUCUAAAGCCUGGCGUGGUCUACGAGCUCAAUGAUGAUGAACUGCUGUACGGGGGUGAUCAGACACCGGCCUCUAUGGCCAGCAUAAUGUUAGCGGAACAAUCGAAAAACCCCGGCGUGCCGCGUCGCGUGUCACGCUGGUGGAAGAAACAGCUCGUCGAGGUGAAGCCGACCUACUGGCUGUUCGUGCUGCGCGACAACGGCAACCUGGAGAUAUACUCGCUGCCGGAGAUGAAGCUCAGCUUCCUCGUGCGGGACGUGUGCGCCGGCCAGCGGAUACUAGCGGACAGUCUGGAGUCGGUAUCCAUACCGCUGAACGCGAGCGAGGAGGAGGAGCUGACGGCGGGCCACAGCACCAACGUGGAGCGGCUGCGCGAGAUGCUGGUGGUGGGGCUCGGCAACAAGGGCUCCCGCCCGCUGCUGCUGCUGCGGAUGGACGACCAGCUCAUGGUGUAUCAGGCGUACAAGUACCCGCGCGGCAACCUGAAGCUGCGCUGGUCGCGCGUGGCGUGCGCGCCGCCCGCCGGCUUCCGCGGCGCGCCGCUCUGCGCCCCGGACGACGGCUACGAGGCCGCCGCGCUGCGCGAGCAUGUGCGCUAUCUGCGCUACUUCGGCAACGUGGGCGGGUACAACGGCGUGUUCGUGUGCGGCGCCACGCCGUGCGUGCUGCUGCUGAGCGCGCGCGGCGAGCUGCGCGUGCACGCGCUGAGCGCGGACGAGGCGCCCGUCGCCAGCUUCGCCUCCUUCAACAACGCCAACUGCCCGCAGGGCUUCCUGUAUUUCAACACUAAGACGACGUCCUACUACAAGUUCAACGGGGAGGACAAGGAGAAGAGCACGGAGAACAAGGGAGACAGGUUCCCCUACCCGAUGCAGGAGAAGUUCUCGGUGAUGCUGUUCUCGCCGGUGUCAUGGGAGGUGGUGCCCGGCAGCAGAGUGUCCCUGGACGACUGGGAGCACGUCACCUGCCUGAAGAACGUCUCGCUCUCCUACGAGGGGACCACGUCCGGUCGUCGGGGUUACAUCGCAAUUGGUACCAACUAUAAUUAUGGAGAAGACAUCACUUCUAGGGGGAGAAUUAUAAUCUACGAUAUUAUAGACGUAGUGCCGGAGCCGGGUCAGCCAUUGACAAAGAAUAGAUUCAAAGAGAUUUAUGCGAAGGAACAGAAGGGGCCCGUUACUGCGCUUACGCAGGUUUUGGGAUAUCUCAUAUCAGCUGUCGGGCAGAAGAUUUACAUCUGGCAACUCAAAGACAACGACUUGGUGGGAGUGGCGUUCAUAGACACGCAGAUCUACGUGCACAGAAUGCUCGCGGUUAAGAACUUGAUACUAGUGGCUGAUGUGUACAAGUCGAUAUCCCUGCUGAGAUAUCAGGACCAGCACCGGACCUUGUCUCUGGUCUCCAGGGACUUUAGAACCGCGCAGAUAUACGACAUGGAGUUCAUGGUGGACAACACGAGCCUCGGCUUCCUGGUCAGCGAGGUGGAGGGGAACCUCGCUCUGUUCAUGUACCAGCCGCAGGCCAGGGAGAGCUACGGAGGGCAGCGGCUGAUCCGCAAGUGCGACUACCACCUGGGCCAGCAGGUGCACGCCAUGUUCCGCAUCGCGGCGCGCCCCCCGCCCGGGCCCCCCGCCGGGCCCCACACCGGGCCCCACACCGGGCCCCACACCGGGCCCCAUGCGGGCCCCGCGGCUGCGCACGCGCAGCGCCGACACGUCACUGUGUUCACAACACUGGACGGCGGAGUGGGCUACGUGAUGCCAGUCUCCGAGAAGGUGUACAGAAGACUGCUGAUGCUGCAGAACGUCAUGAAUAACUACUGCUGCCACAUCGCCGGCUUGAAUCCCAGGGCGUACAGGACGUACAAGAACGUGCGGCGCGGCGGCGGGCCGGCCCGGGGCAUCCUGGACGGGGACCUCGUGGCGCUCUACACCUCCAUGCCCAUCAGCGAGCAGCAGGACAUCGCGAAGAAGAUAGGAACAAAAGUGGAAGAAAUAUUCAGCGAUCUUUACGAGAUUGACAGACUGACGGCGCAUUUCUAGUUUAAGUGUUGUUUGUAAAUAGCCGAUUAAAUGAUACUCUAUA